ACAAUGUAUAGCCAUGGGAUAUUGCACCCUAAGGCGACCAGCACGCCAAAGAAAGUGCGCUGGCAAGAUCAGGUGGAAACUGGCAUCCAUGAAGGGGAAUACAUGGGAAAGGCUAAAGAUUAUGAGAGAGAGAUGAGGGCAGUGGCUGUUGAGAAAGAAAAAUCAGAUAAUGUUAUAGAAGACCUUCAAGAGACACUUGACAGAUGUGAAUCUGAAAAUGCCGUCUUGCGUGACAAGAACGCCAACCUGCUGCAUGACAUCAACACGCUCAUUAAUGUCAUUGGAUUUGCUAGGACAACAGGAGGGUGGGAGAUAGAUGAUCUAGUCUUCAAAGAAGUAACCUUUGACCAAGUGUUUGGGCCGUGGGAAGAGAUAGAGAAAACGAAAUCUUCGGAGGAGGUGCUAGAGGGCCAUGUGGAAGACCUAAAGCAGCAGCUGCGUGCCAGGGACGACUUAAUAGAGCGCUUACAGAAGGAGCUCAGGAAGGUGCAAACGGAACACAGGACCACUGUGAACCAGGUCACUCAAAAGGACACUGUCCUGGGGUCCAUCCGGUCCUCCCUGUCUACUGUCCAGGACAGAGAGCAGACGGCGGUCAGCCAGCUCACAGACAAGGACAUCAGUAUUAUGAAACUCAAGUCAGAUCUCAGGGUGGCACAGCAGAGGGUGGACGAGCUGCAUUUAGAGCUUCAGAGUAGAGACAGGAAAAUGAACAAUGUCACUGCACAACUACGUGAUCUCAACAAUGAACUGACGCUGAAAGAUGCAGAAAGUGACAACCAAGUCCAUACUAUACAGAUGCUGCAGGAAAAACAGCGGGAAACAUCUAAAGAAGUUUCUAGGUGUGAGGAUCUGAUCCGUCAGUUGAGAACAGAGCUGGGACGUGCAAAUGACGACAGGAAGCGAAGUGAUGAUGAUGUUUCUAGGUGUGAGGAUCUGAUCCGUCAGUUGAGAACAGAGCUGGGACGUGCAAAUGACGACAGGAAGCGAAGUGAUGAUGAUGUUUCCCAUUAUGAGCGUAGGAUCCGUGCAUUGGAGACGGAGCUCAGGGACUCGCAGGAGCAAAAGAGAAGGGUGUAUGACGAGAUUGGUGCGCUUCAGACCAAGCUGCGAGAAAGCGGUCGGUCAGGACAGGAUAAUCACGAGGUGCUGAAGUCGGAGCUGGCGCGCCGGGACGACACCAUACAGAAGUUGAGGAACGAGGUGCUUAACUUACAGGAUGCCAGGGACGAUGCCAUCUCCAAGCUGGACUCCCAGGAAAGGAAAAUUCACUCCUUGGAGUCACAGUACAAAGACAAACUGGAGGAGAUCCAGCACAGUGAAAUGCGUAUCCGCCAUCUUGAACAAGAGCUGGACACGACACAGAGAUAUCUAGAUGAAAGUCGCACUGAGGUUAACACGCGGCAGGCUCAGAUGGCGCGCAUGGAAGGUGAGAUGCACAGUCUGCAAACCAGGCAUGCUGAGGCAGUCAGUCAGAUUGACAAGUUACAAGAAAGCUUGGACAAAUUGCAGGCUUCCUCUAAGGACACCAGGGACGCUUUGACCGCUGAGGUUGCUGAGAGACACGAUGCUGUGAUGAAACUGAAAGCUGAGACGAGAACGCUGGAAGACAAACACAGCGAGGCGCUGGCCACGGCUCACCACAGGGGAGAGGUCAUAAAGCAACUGAGAGAGGAGCUAAAGGAAACUGGGAGACGGGGCUCAGAGAGCCAGGAAAGGAAGACAGUAAUUGAGAAAGAACUGCAGAGCUUGGAGCAGAAGUAUCAGGAACAACUUAGACAAAUUGACCGCUUGGAGACAGAGGUUCAGGAGAAGGAUCUAACCCUCAGUCAACAGGACACUAUCUACAGGUCAGAGGUCGCCGAGAAGGAGGACCUCAUCACCAAGCUACAGGCUGAUAUACUGUCACUUAAGGACAAGCACCAACAAGGCAGUGAACAGAUCCUAGGCAAGGAGGAGGCAAUCCGGGGUCUACAGACCCAGCUCCAGGGGGUCCAGGAUGAGGUGGCCAGGAAGGAGCAGACGAUACACAAGAUGGAGGUGAACCUGAUGAAUGCUCAAGAAGAGAGCAGGAGAUUAAAGGAUGAUCUGUCAAGGCGCGACAUCACAGUCCAGCAGUUGGAGAACGACCUGAAUGUUGUCCGCAAGCAGUACAAGGAGGCUGUGGAGGAAAAUGGCCGCCUGGAGGCCAGGGUGCAGGCGUUUGCCAUCAACGCACAGAGUGACAAGGACGUCUUGUCUGCUGAGGUGAAGAGGCGUGAGGAGGCGAUACAGAGACUGAAGAUGGACUAUGUGGAGAUGCAGGAGACCAACAGCAAGUAUGAAGAGCAGAUCUCCCAACUAGAGAAAACAAUAGAGCAGCAACAACAGCAGCAGAGGAAACUAACAUCUGAUAACGACAUGAGGCAGGAAAGAAUCCACAUAUUGGAGCGCCAGAUAGACGACCUGAACAAGAAGAAUACCACCUGCCAGGAGGAGAUACGGAGGCUUGAGGACCAAGUGCGCGAGUUGAACGGAGAGCUGACAACGGCGCAUGCACAGCAUGAUAACCUUUCACACAACGUCCAGUCUAAGGAAGAUUUGAUCAGGCAGCUGAAGGAAGACCAAGAUUCUUUACAGAGGCAGCACAAAGAUGUCCUCAGCAAGCUCCACCAGAGAGAUGAGAACAUCCAGAGUCUGAGCACAGAGCUAGGCAAGGUGAAGGCCAGGCUGGGGGAGAGGGAGAGAGAGAUACUGAAAGCCACAGAGACUUUGAAGAAACUCCAGGAAGCAUUGACCCAGUCUCAGAAAGAUCUGGACAACCUGAAGAAACAAUCUGAUGAGCAGAUCUCCCAGCGAGAUGAGUCCAUUAGGCAGCUUCAAGAGGACUUGAUAGAGUCUCAGAGUCAGUACACAGCAUGUUAUGAUGAGGUCCUGAAACAUGAGGACCAGCUAGAGAAGCUGAAGGCAGAGAACCAGCAGCUAGGAGACACAGCCCACAGGAACGCACAGGAAGUGAUGAAGCUGGAGGAGCAGUGCCACCAGGUGGAGCUGGAGCUGACUAUUUCCCAAGAAAAGCACAGGACGUGUCAGAAGGAGGUGGCCAGUAGAGACCAGACCAUCCUAAAGCUGCAGACAGAUCUGGACACGGCACAGCAAAACUACACUGGCUGUGUGGAAGAGCUCAAUAUUCGGGAGGACGAAGUACAAAGGCUUAAUGCCAAAGUGAAACAGCUUCAAGGGGAAACCAAAGAACUUCAGGCCAAAAUUGAAGAGUAUGAACAGAAGACCACUGCAGAUCAGAAGAAAAUCCAAGAAUUAUUGAACCUUCAACAGUUAUCAGAACAAGAGGUCAAGAACCAUAUCAGGUCCAUUGACCAGCAGAAGUCCGACUUCAACAUGGCGCGCUCUCUGCACCAGGAGGAGGUCAACCGGUACAAGCAAGACGUGGUCAUCCUGCAGGAGACGGUAGAACAGACCCGAGCCGAGCUGGAAGAAAUGGCAGGUCUGAACACGCAGAGUAAGACCACCAUCCUGGGCCUCACCGAGGAACUGGAGGAGCUGAAGAAAGCCUAUGAUGAAUCUCAGGAAGAGAUCCGUAAACAGCUGACCACCAUGAAGCAGCAGGACACCAGUCUGUCCGAGGCCAGGCAGCAGAUCGUGGUGCUAGAUGACCAGGUGGAGGAAGGCAAACAGCAGACGGAGAAGCUGGAGGCCAACCUCAACAACUACAAGCAGAAGUACCAGCAGUGCAUGAACCAGGUGCAGCACUUGGAAGGCACCAUUAGGACUCUGCAGGAGAAACUGGCAGAGAGCAGGAACAGGGAAAUGGAAAAAGGCGACGAGGCAGAAAAACUAAAAAUGGACUUGGAAAACCUUGAGCAGAAAUUGGACGAAAAGAAUGGCGAGCUGGCCCACUGCGAGGAAGUGAUCGAACAGCUCACACAGGAACUCAAUAACUCCCAAGACGAGCUGUCAGGUGCCCUGGAUAAGGUGACGCGCUGUGAGCAAACCAUCGGGAGCCUGAAGGAGAUGAUGAACGAGAAGACGGUGGAGGCGUCUCAGCAGGAGGAGAAAGUGCGGCGGAUCCAGGCAGAGCUGAUGGCUUACCAAGACUCGCACCUUCACUCCAAUGAUGAGUACAACAGUAAAGUGGAUCAGGUUCGCCAACUGGAGUACGAUAACGAGGAGACGCGCAGCGACCUGCAGCAGAAGAUGAGGCACAAUGCGGAGAUGCAGGACAACAUGAACGAGCUGAAGAUUGAACUGGCAGGACUCAAAGAACAGAAGAACAGUGCACAGAAGGAGAUUGCCCGUCUUGAGCAGAGUAUCCAGCAGCUCCAGCUGAACCUGGCCACAGCCCAGCAGAGACACAAGGCCGAGAGCACCAAGAUGGAGGAUGCCGUCCAGACACUGGAGACACAGCUGUCACAGGCCAAGCAGCAGGUACUCAGGCUGGAGCAGGAGUUGUCCAGGAGGGAGGAGACCAACAAGAGGAAUGAGCUGGACAUCAAGUCCUCCAAGGAGGAGAUCAAUGUCAAGGCCAGUGAGAUUGACCAUCUAGAGUCCACAGUCAGAGAUUUGAAGACAGAACUGGCUAACCUCCAGGGACACAAUAGAUCUAUGGAAAGCUCUAAUGCAGACCUGCAGGCUGAAGUGGGUGGUCUAAGACAGGACCUGACAGAGGCUAGGACACAGUAUAGAGACUGUGCUCAGGAUCUUGCACACCACGAAGAAAAAUUAAUGCUGAUGGAGCAAAGCCUACAACAAACUCAGGAGCAGCUCAGUAGUCGGGUGUCGGAAGUCGUCCGACACGAGCAGACUAUACGUAAAUAUCAGACAGAGACAAAGACUCUACGAGAAAGAAAUCAAAGUUAUGAGGAAGAAAUUGAGGAACAGAGGCAAAUUAUUGAGAAGCUUCGCAAAGAUUUGAUAGGUGCUAAGGAGGAACAUCACAGGAUAGCGCAGGAGGGGCUGUCUUACAAACAGCACGCGGAUAAAUACAGAGUUGAGCUAGAGGGCGCUAGGGAGCAGGAGAGGAUGCUGGGCGAACAGAUAGAGCAGCAAGACGGAGUGCUGAGCCAGCUGCAGGCAGAGCUGAAGGCAGAGCGAGGCAGACAACAAGACAGCAACAAGCAGCUCCAGCAGUGCAAGAAGAUGAUUGCAGAACUGCAGGAUGAGCUGGAGGCCGCACAGAAACAGAACAAGGACUGUCUCAACAAGAUGAAGGAGAAAGACAGCCAGAUCUCCACCUUGGAGGCACAGGUAGAGAGCCUGCAGCAGAAGCUGCGCACACUGAAGGAAGACCUGGCUGAGAAGGAUGGUCAACUCAGGGUGUCCAAGAUGAACCUGGCCACUGCACAGAAACAGAGUGUGCACCACUCACAGGAGGUUGCAAGGUAUGAGGAAACAUUGGCCCAGCUGCAGAGUGAGAUAGAGCAGGGCCAGGAACAAUACAGGAGCUGCCAUAACGAGCUGAUAGAGAAUGAGCAGAAAGUACAUGACCUGAAGAUUCAGCUGACCACUGCCCAGGGCAACCACAAGGAGGCCAUGGAUCACCUAGGUGACCAGUCCAAGCAGCUGACCACCCUGAAGACAGACUUCUCCAGGACAAAGCAACAGAACCAGGCAAUGGCAGAGGAGCUGUCGGUUUAUGAAGACAAGAUGAGAAAACUGAGACACGAGUUGAAAAAAGUACAGGAACUGAACAGAGCCUCAGAGGAGGAGCUGCACAGCUACGAGGAGAAGUUCCAGGAGCUGCACAGUGAACUCAGCAGUUAUGAGCUGAGGAACAAGCAGGGUCUGCAGGAGCUGUCCCAGAAGGAAGAGGAACUGGUGGUGAUGAAGGUGGAGCUGUCCUCAUUGCAGGAGAAAUACAGGAACAAACUGGAGGAGAGUGAGCACCUCAAAGAUGAAGUAAACAACCUCAGGGAGAAAUAUCACAGUGCCAACGCCGAGAUUGAAGGUCUACGCCAGUCUCUGGACGAGACCAGGAAUAAUGGCGACCGGCUGCACAGGGAGAGUGAGAUGGUGGUGCAGAACGUGAACACCUGGGUGCAAGAACAGAAGGCAGCCAACGAGAAACUGGGGGCUAAAAUAAGGGAACAAAGCAAAGCUCUGGUGAACUUAUCAGCAGAAAAAGAUCACCUCCAGGAGCAGCUCCAGACUCUGCAGAGACAGAAUGAAAGCAUCAGGAGGGAGAUGGACCAGAAAAGGGUGGACUAUGACAAGUGGAAGGCCCUCCAGUCUCAUUCCUCUCACCAGCAGGCCCUGCUGCACCAGCUCAGGAGCAGACUGGAAGAACAUGAAAAUGACCAAGACUCAGAAAUUCAACAAAAGAUAGCCACAAUUGAAGAUCUCCACAACCGCCUUCGUGCCAAUGUAGACAACGUGCAACAGCUCAACCAGCAGCUCAACGUCGUGCAAAAAGAAAACAUGCGUGUGCGCGCAGAUCUCGAGAGGGAGAUCGCAGCGCGACAAACUCUACAACUUCAGGUGGAGAGCAAAGAACAGACCAUCCUCAGCCUUCGAGCACAAUUAGACACGCGUCACAUGGCUUCUUUAGAUCACAGUCUGUCGCGCACACCCAGGUCUCCUCGUGUGCGCGACCUUGAUAGACCUCGUGAGCCUAUCAGUCUGUCUGAUUCAGCCUAUGUUUCCCAUUCACAGCUAGACAGAGACAGCAGCUCGGCAGUACAUGUAGAUAGGCCAAGUAGAGAUAGAAGUGCACUGAGUAGAACAAUAGAAUACACUGGACGAAAUGACCACCUCAUAGGACGUAGUGACCACCGCACUGGACAUAGUGACCCUCACACUUUAGACAAAUCCUAUUGGAUUAAUAGAGUAGGAGAGCUUUCACUGCAGCUACAGCAGAGCAGUGAGUACUGGUCAGACAAAGUGCGGGAACUUACCUCACGCCAAGAUCUCUCCCAUACUGAGGCUCCGGCUCCCAGGUAGCAGAACUUCUAGAACACGCAGCACAGAAGAACACGCCCCUGUUCCAAAGCCAUGUUGAAGUUGCAAAUGUUCUUAAGAUCAAGGCUUCACAUUUCCUGUCAUAUAUGCAGGUCAAGCAGUGAGCAGGAGUCGCAACUUUGCUGCACAUGUGCCACCAUUUCACAAUACUCACCAUCUCAGGGAUCUUUGUUCAGAGACAGAGGGAUCUGGGUCUCAGGAGACUGCUCAGUUUUUUGUAAUAUCUGGACAGAGUUUCUCAAGAUCUCAGAGCUCUUGGAAUUCAGCUGAUACUCAAGAUCAUCAGUGUUAUUCUAGGUAGCAACAGCGCCAUCUAUCUCCAAUCAGUCACCAUAGGGCACUUAGCACAGCCACACUGACUGCAGAAAACACUGUGUUACAUGCAAUAAUAUAGCAGUUUUUUUUUUUUUUUUUUAAUGUGACACUAUUGUCAAAAGCAGACUAAUAUUUAGCCAUAGUUUGAAGGUUGUCAGUCGUAUACUGUCUACUAGCUUGAAUGGGAACACAUUUGAUGAGGUUGACUUGAAGGAAGGACUUGUGAGACCACAUGGGACUAUCUUGGGUUCCAAAUUUGAGGCUCAAAACUGCACUCAAUAUUGAUUUUGUUUUCAUCGUAUAUGAAAGCCUUUUAUGUGCAGAACGUCAUUCAUAAAUUCUCGCGUUAUUUCAGCCAGCCAGUGGAAGGUGAAAUAUCGAUUCCUCCAUUUAUACAGCAUUUUUUCACAAAAUUUGUCAUUGUCAUUGGAAGUUUGCUCAAGACAUGUUCUGUCAAUUCUCAUUGAGGUAUUUCAUGGACAUUAGAUUUACAGACUUUCUUUUCUAUUCAUUCUAUACUGGGCUGCUCUGAUCUGCAAUGAUACUGAAGUAUUCAUGUGUACAUAUCACUAGUAGUGUGUAGAAAUGUUCAUCAAGGCAAAAAGAAUUUCAUAUUUCAUUUUUGUGCUGGUGGAGGCAAAUUAGUAUUUAUGAAAGAAUACAACCAGCAGGAUCUUGGAAGAGUGAUGCAUUUUGGUAAAGAGAACUCAUUUGGAAUGUUGUUAAUUAAGCAAUAUUUGUAAUUAUAGAAAUUUUACAAGAUGUCAUUUGUAAAUAGAGCACUAAUUCCCCCGUCAUUCCAGGAUGUAAGUAUAAUACAGGUAUUCAGGCUGAUGUUGACCACUGUGAAUAGGCUUCCUGGUGUUGUCCAGCACUUCAAGAUGGUGCCCCUUGACCGCAUUCAAGUUUGUGAUCACCCUCAUUAUUUAUGGUUAUGACUCGGAUCUUUUAAAUGGGGAGAAAUGUCCAUCUUCCAGGUGCAUUAUUUUGGAAUGGAAAUAUAUUUCUUUAUUGCACUUGUGGUGCUUUUUCUGUGUAGAAUAGAACGAUAAGGUAGCCUGGUUUUCAAUUCUGAUGCUACCUCUCAAUAGAAAUGUUCUAAUUUUAGGAAUUUUGAUUUAAACAAAAUGAAACAAAAUACAUCAUCUGUAAAAAAAAAUUACAUUUUUCUCAUUGAAAAGAUUUAGCCAUUGCCUUACUUUUACAUCAAAUUCAGAUAUAUUAUUCCAUCUUUAUUUCAACCUAUCAUUGUUUUUUUUCUUCUUCUUCUUGUGUGAUGUUAGUGUUUUUGUUUAUUAUUUUAAAAUUUAUUAAUGUGAAGAUAAGUACAUACCCAGAAGAGUAAGGGGUAGUUCAAAAUGUUUUUAUUUCCCCCAUACUAGAAGCAUUGUUUGUUAUGUGCAUUUUAUCAAGGUGUUUCCGUCCAUUGUUUUGGUUAUUCCAGUGAACGAAUCAGUUCGAAUGAUCCCGUGGAUCCUGUAUUAUUUGUCGUAAUGUGGAAGACUGUAGGUUAAUUUAUUUUUAAGCAUAAAACUGUGAAUUUAUGUUGAGUACAUGAAUCAUCAUUUUGAAUUUGUUCAUCUUCUAGUCACUUUUAAGCUUUAUUUCUAAAUGUAACUUGGGGAUAUUUGAGGUUGUGCUUUCAUUAAUUUUAAGUUGAAUAACAUUUUUCUUUGGUAUUAACAACCAUUUUUGUUACGUAGAUAUGUAUUUUUAUGUUUUAUCCGUACUUAACCAAUAAAUUUUUGAGAAAGCAAAUAUAUACAUACUCAUCAUGUAAUGAAUUUGUAAAGCAUGUAAAUGUCAUAUUGGCGCACUGUUUUGUUAGUCACCAAGUCUAGAGUCACUGUUGUACAGGUUAUCUGUAUGGUACAGGCUCUUCACUAACUCAGCCGAGGAGUAUGUAGUACCUAUUGAAGUAUUUGAAAGCUGUACAGUACAGGUUUUUUUUUUACCCAAUAAAUGGUAAUGCACUAAAAAAUUACUGACAAUCCUGAUUUAAGCUUUACAGCCAGGCCUACCAAAGUUUCUAUGUUAGUUUAGCAGUCUGAAUGUCAGGGUUGUUGAUGUAGAUAGGAGUAAUUUAAUGUCAUACAUGCCUUUCAUUGUGGACUAAGAUGCAGUGUUGGGAAGCUGCAUAAAUAGUUAAUUAUGGGUGAUACUUUGAUGUGAUGCCCCAAAAAACAACUGUUUUGUACCAUAUUUAUUUUGUCAAAUAAAUAAACAUUUUACACUGAA